AUGCCUAUUCCAAAACCUCAUGGUGGUGUACUUAACGAUUUGAUAAUCAGAGAUGCCGCAAAGAAAUCUCAGUUAUUACAAGAAUCACAAUCGUUGCCCCAAUUAACUUUGACACCAAGACAGUUGUGUGAUUUGGAGUUGAUUCUAAACGGGGGGUUUUCUCCAUUGACUGGGUUUUUAAAUGAAAAUGAUUAUAAAAGUGUGGUUGAAAAUAUGAGGUUAUCAUCGGUAAAAUCUCCUCAUAAUGACAAAGGAUUGUUAUGGCCAAUACCCAUAACUUUGGAUGUCUCGCAAGAAGAAGCUCAAAAGUACAAAGUUGGAGAUAGAAUCACUUUACUUGAUUUGAGAGAUGAGACUCCGUUGGCUAUUAUAACUGUGGAAUCAAUUUACAAACCAGAUAAAGCUAGAGAGGCUAAAUUAGUUUUUAGAGGAGAUCCCGAACAUCCAGCUAACAAGUAUCUCUCAGAGAUUGCUGGUGAUGUAUAUAUUGGGGGGUCAUUACAGGGUAUUAAUUAUCCAAAACAUUAUGACUAUAUAGAGUCAAGGAAAACACCAACUGAAUUAAGAAAAGAAUUUGAAAGUUCAGGAUGGGCAAACCAGAAUAUCGUUGCUUUCCAAACUAGAAAUCCCAUGCAUAGAGCACACCGUGAGUUGACAAUUAGGGCUGCUUCCGAUAUAGGAUCAAAUGCUCAUAUCUUAAUCCACCCAGUUGUUGGAUUAACCAAACCUGGUGAUAUUGAUCACCAUACUCGAGUCAAAGUAUAUAAACAAAUUUUAAAGAAAUUCCCUCAAGGGUUGGCAUCAUUAUCAUUAUUACCAUUAGCCAUGAGAAUGGGCGGUGAUAGAGAAGCGGUGUGGCAUGCAUUAAUUAGAACAAAUUAUGGUGUUGAUCAUUUCAUAGUUGGAAGAGAUCAUGCUGGUCCUGGAAAGAACUCUCAAGGAGUUGAUUUCUAUGGUGCUUAUGAUGCACAAGAUUUAUUAAAGCAAUAUGAAGAUGAAUUGGAAAUAAAGAUUGUGCCCUUUAGAAUGGUUACUUAUUUACCCGAUGAAGAUAGGUAUGCCCCAAUCGACACCAUUGACUUGAAAACAGUCAAGACUGCAAACAUUUCAGGAACUGAAUUGAGAAAUAAAUUGAAAACAGGAGAAGAAAUCCCAGAAUGGUUUUCAUACCCUGAAGUAGUUAAGAUUUUACGUGAAACUAAUCCACCUAGAUCCAAACAAGGAUUUGUUAUUGUAAUCGAAAAUGAACUGAAGUUGGGUCAAUAUUUGAGUUUUGCAUUACAAUCAACAUUGAAUCAAUUUGGAGGUGAGCGUAGAAUCACAAAGAUUGAUGAUGCAUCCAAUAAAUAUGAUGCUUUUAUAAUUAAUGAAUUAGUCAAAUCCGGUGCUGGUGUUAUAUUAACCACAGAUAAAGAUCCAGAAAGCAUUAUUGAUUUCGUUGGUCGUGGAAACGUAUUAUUGGUUAGUAGCGAACCUGGCAAUGUAUCUAAUGGUGAAUUUGAAUUGAAAAAUUCAGAUUUGAAGGUGAUUGUUGAUGAAAUUGUUGAUUAUUUAAAAGUGCAAGGUUUUUAUUAA